CGGACAGACUGAGCUUCAGCCCAGCUGCUGCACAGAGACAGCUGCUGACGCUCCGCACCGAAGCCUCACUCGGAGACUCCAUGGCUUCCAGAUCAGAGGAGGAUCUGUGCUGUCCGGUCUGUCAUGACAUCUUCAGAGAUCCCGUUCUUCUGUCCUGCAGCCACAGCUUCUGUAGGGACUGUCUGAGGAGAUGGUGGAGAGAGAAGCCAACACACGAGUGUCCAAUGUGUCAGAAAAGAUCUUCGAGGGUGGAUCCACCGGUUAGUCUGGUGCUGAAGAACCUGUGUGAGUCGUUUGUAGAGAGGAGAGAUCAGAGAGCUUCAGAGGAUCUCUGCAGUCUGCACUCUGAGAAACUCAGUCUGGACAACAAGCAGACGAAGCACAGCGACCACACGUUCAAGCCCAUCGAUAAAGCUGCACAACAACACAAGAACGACCUUCAGGAAACUCUGGAAGCUUUAAAGCAGAAGUUAAAGGUCUGUGAAGAAGUCCAAAUGAAGUUUGAUCAAACAGCAGAACACAUUAAGGCCCAGGCCCGACGCACAGAGAGGAAGAUUAGGGAGCAGUUUAAGAAGCUUCACCAGUUUCUAGCAGAGGAAGAGGAGGCCAGGCUGACCGUGCUGUGGGAGGAAGAGGAGCAGAAGAGCUGGAUGAUGAAGGAGAAGAUGGAGGCUGUGAGCAGAGAGAUAGCAGCUCUUUCAGACACAGUCAGGGCCACAGAGGAGGAGCUGAGAGCUGAAGACGUCUCAUUCCUGCACAACUACAAGGCUGCGGUGGAAAGAGCCCAGCGCUGCCCCCUGCUGGAUGAUCCACAGCUGCCCUCGGGAGCUCUGAUAGACCAGGCCAAACACCUGGGCAACCUGACCUUCAGCAUCUGGAACAACAUGAAGUAUAUGGUCUCCUACACUCCUCUGAUUCUGGACCCAAACACUGCAAACCCAGAACUGACCCUGUCUGAGGAUCUGAGCAGCGUGAGGGUGGGUGGGCUGCAGCAGCUCCCUGAUAAUCCAGAGAGGUUUGAUCAUCUCUGCUUUGUGCUGAGCUCUCAGGGCUUUACCUCAGGGGCCCACAGCUGGGUUGUGGAGGUUGGAGACAGCGGACACUGGGGACUGGGCGUGUUAGCGGAGUCCGUCCGGAGGAAGGGACCCAUACGCUCUGGAUUUGGUGGAAUAGGAUUCAAUCAAGGUGAAUACUCAGCUCGCUCGGGAUCUGCUCCCCCCACCAUCCUCCAGCUGCAGAAGAAGCUCCAGAGGAUCCGAGUGGGUCUGGACUGGGACGGAGGACAGCUGUCGUUCUCUGACGCUGACACUGACACACACAUACACACCUUCACGCACACUUUCACCGAGAGGAUGUUUCCCUUCAUCAGCAUCGGGGAUAAACUCCCAGUGAAGACUCUGCCGGUUAAGCUGUCGGUGGAUCGGAGAUAUUAAACCAAACAGACACGUGAGCCCGUCUGAGCCCGGAGGGAGGACUGUGUGUGUGUCCCUGUUGGACAGGCUUGUUCUCAUAUGUAACUCAUGUUCCUGUGUAUAAAGGUGCGUGUGGAUCAGUAACUCGUCUGUCACUGUUCACCUGAACUAUCAGAGAUUGUCUUUCCUCUCAGCAGCAUCAGAUUCUGUCCACAGACU